AUGUCGAAACUCUCCGCUCCCCUCAAAGCGUUGAUAAACACGCCCGCUGCCCGGCCAGGAACAACGCCUGCGCCGCGACAUAUCAAGGCCGCCUACGAGAAAAUCGAACGCGAGGCAGCAUCGAAUAACGUGGGACGGCCAGCAUGGCUGGCCUUGUCGACUGCUGCAACAAUGACCAUGAACUCUCCGGAAUCCCUAGCGGCACUGUAUCAGGUAGCUACGAAAGUUCAGGAGUCCACUCAGGGCGUCGCUACAGCCGAAUUGAUGCGAGAAGUCGGUCUGAAAUGUAUCAGCUUCAACGGAAUUCCACGCACAAUAAACUGCCUCGGAGCCUUCCGCGGCACUCUCCCUCCCUCCAUCGCUUCCUCCCUUUCCAGAAACCCUUCCCGAAUCCCCAACCCCCAAAACAUCACCACCAUCCGGGACCGCGGCCGAUCCCUCUGGAACUCAAUAUACCGGCCCUACGAAUCCAAGCUCGUUGACAAACUCUCCGAAUCGCACCCGGACCUCCCCGUCCACAUCCUCAACAGCCAUUACGGCGCGCUGCUCGCAGAUCCCGUGGACCGCCCAGGCGGCGCGAAAGUGGGCCGCGUGCUCUCGUCCGUGGUGGCGGUUGCAUGUCUGCGUGCGCAGACGGGAGUGGGGCCGCAGGUAACGUCACAUCUGUUUGGGCUGAGGAAAGCGGUGGAGGAUGGAAGCUGGGUGGAUGAUGAGGCCGGACCGGAGCAGGGGGUCAGGUGGUUGGCGAGUGAUGAAGGGAAUGUGUGGAUAUUGGAGAAGGUGGAUGGGAUUGUGGAGGCUAUUGGCGGUGGGAAGGGGUCGUCGUAUGCGCCGGCGCGGGAGUCGAAGCUUUAG